AAUCCCAACAUGUCUUGAACGCGGCAUUUGUACUACUUCCUCUAGUCUCGCGCAAACUCACACCGUUGUAGAAUGCGGAUUUCUAUGCUAACUUGACGAGCUAGCUUCUUUUGCUAAAAACAAGCUUGUUGUUGGGACUCACGCGAGUGCUAAAAUGUCGAAAACGCAACCGCUGCCCCAGUUGUCUUCAGCGGGGACGGCAACCGGGGGUCAUUCGUCGUCCUCGUCGACUUCUUCCGCGGGAGGUUCGACAUCUCCCGCAACCGUGUUGAACGUGCAGCCCGAAAAACCUCAGCACUACACAUAUUUAAAGGAGUUCAGAACGGAGCAGUGCCCCCUCUUUGUGCAGCAUAAAUGCACACAACACCGGCCUUUUUCCUGUUUCCACUGGCACUUCUUGAACCAGCGACGCCGAAGGCCUGUGCGCAAGCGUGACGGCACAUUCAACUACAGUCCAGAUGUUUACUGUACCAAGUACGACGAGGGAACGGGAACCUGUCCUGAUGGAGAUGAGUGUGGAUUUCUACAUCGGACAGCCGGAGACACGGAACGAAGAUAUCACCUCCGCUACUAUAAAACGGGCUCGUGCAUACAUGAAACGGAUGCAAAAGGCCACUGUAGCAAGAACGGCUGCCAUUGUGCUUUUGCGCAUGGGUCACAUGACCUGCGCAGCCCUGUGUAUGAUGUGAGGGAAAUGCAGGUCAUUGAGUGUCAAGGUGGCACAGGACCCUUAGAAGGAGCAGGAGGAGAUGGACAGUCAGGCCAAGCGGCGAGUACAGCACUCAUAGAGAAGAUUUUGAGUGAGGAACCACGCUGGCAAGAUAACAACUAUGUGCUAUCUCACUACAAGACAGAGCUCUGCAAAAAGCCGCCUCGCUUGUGUCGUCAAGGUUACGCUUGUCCAUAUUAUCAUAACAGCAAAGAUAGGCGCCGCAGCCCACAUAAGCACAAAUAUAGAGCUUUGCCUUGUCCGGCUGUGAAACUGAGCGAGGAGUGGGGUGAUCCGAGCAAAUGUGAGUGUGCAGAGGGAUGUCAGUAUUGUCACACGAGAACAGAGCAACAGUUCCACCCAGAGAUUUACAAGUCCACAAAGUGCAAUGACAUGCAGCAGUGUGCCAGCUGUCCAAGAGGACCCUUUUGUGCUUUUGCUCAUGUUGAAAAAGCGUUUGUCUUCGAGGAGUCAUUCUCUUCCCCCAGAUCCCCCCCACCCCUUCGUCCCACAGAUCCUGGCUCUGCCGAUGAGGCUGCAGACGCAAGAGGCCACAAUAAGGGACUUGGUCAUGCCGCUGACCCCUUCUCGCCUCCUGUCGGGUCACGUGUUCCUGAGCAAGGCCUGCUGGGUAGUGUGCUAAACCUGUGUGAGGACAUGAGGGGAGCAGCAGACCCUUUAUCUCCUUGGGUGGGAGAUGGAGGGUACGGCAGGGCGCCUGGGUUUGAGAGGGAGGAUCAGUCUAAACAAAGGAGUUUUGCCGUAGAGCAGCGCAGCAAAGAAGUAUCAACACAAAGUGCUAAACAGGAUCUGCUGGUGUUUCUGCCAGUGGGCAGCCCUUUAAGUCUGUCCUCCAGCAUCCCCUCCAGUCUGGCGGCGACCCCGCCUAGCCCAGCGCCACUCGGGCCCCCGGGGACCAGCAUCGCAUCAGGCAUGAAUGCCAACGCCCUGCCCUUCUACCCUACAAGUGAGACAGUGGAGUCAGUUGUUGAAUCGGCGCUGGAUGAUCUUGACCUGAAUGAUCUGGCUGCCUCGGCAUUGGAGAGAGGCUUGGAGAGUAAUUCAAGUCUGCCACGGGUGGGAGUAAGGCUAGGAGGUAGCCGGCUUCAGAGCUCUGCCCCAGUCAACAUCCCAGGAUCAUUUAGCUCAUCUGCUCCUUUUAGCUCUCCGUCUCCAUCCCCCCCAAUCAGACCACGCACUUCCCCAUUCUUCUCCACACAGCUGUCCCAGGUUGGCCAACACGAGAGCCCCUUCCUGGGAAGAUCCCAUAGUUCCUUAGGUCUUAAUGGUAUGAGCAAUAACAUCUGGGAGCACUUCCCCACAGGCCAGGGCUCCCCUGGCACUCCCCCAGCCCUGAUGCCAUCAGGCCCCUGUGGCGAGACGUCGAGGCUCAAACAGGAGCUUGAGGAGGCUCACAGGGUGUUGAAGCAGUGGGGACACAGCUGGAGACACACUGCUCAGUCCUGGGCCACACUGAAGGCAGAUGCAGAGGAGUCACGUGCCCACGCAGGGCGUUUGGCAGUGGAGGCUGAGAGAACCAGGCAGGCUGAGGAGGAGGCGCAGAGACAAUCCACAAUCUUGGAGGAGGCGCUGGAGACCCUGAGGAGCGGAGACAACCCCCAUCUGUCAUUACACCAGCUCCAGAUGCUACACAGACUUCCCUUAGAAUCCGUCCUCAGUCUGCAGGCACAACUCUGCAACUGCUUGCACACUGUGGAACAGGUGGUGUACAAGAAGCAGAGGCAUUGUUGUGUGUCAUGUGGUGAGCAGGGCUCCGUUUCUCUACCCUGCGGCCAUGGACUACAUUGUGAGGGCUGCUCCACCUCCACAGAGUGCCCUCUCUGUCCUGAACAAACAAUGGAGCAGCAACAACUCUCCUAACCCUGGGCCCACCCAGGUUGGCCCACCAUACACACCACAUCAUUCAGACCUGAUUCCACUACCACCAGCGAUGGAUCUUUGACACCAUUCCAGACUUUGUAGAGGUUCUUCCCCCCCCCCCCCCAUUCUUUAUCUCAAUGCAAGCUCAGAUGAUUCCUGACAGAUGUCCAAUUCAUGGGGUACUGUGAACCCUUUAGAGAGGCACAAGAGCCCUGCAAUGAAUAGCAAAAAUCUGAGUUGUUGAUGUCUGCCCAAAAAACAACCACAAUUGCCUAUUGAUGCCACCAAGUGGGAGGAAUACUUUUUUUCUAUUAGACAAGACUAUGACAUGACUACAUGAAGGUCCCCCCUCGUAGUUACUUGACACCACGAUAGCACCAAAGCAAUUUUCUGUAUUAGACAUGGCUCUGGUCUAAGCAUAAAAACAGCAAAUAAGCAAGUUUUUCAGUGAAUAAUACAGGAUCAGUUCCCCCAAAAUUUGAAAAUAGGGGACUUUGCAAACGAACUGUAAAUGUGGGAGGUUUAACUGUACUCAUGAUUAAUUAGCCAUUAGUAUGGGGAAUUACAAACAAUAUAUAUUUUCAGUAUUAGCAAUGGGAAUGCCAGUAUAUUCUAAUAGUGAUCCCUCUUAACCAGCAACAGUGUUCUUUACACAUACUGUAGUCUUGAUAUAUGGUGAUGAAAAGCAUAAGUGGGCACUUUAGGUACAUGAGCUUAUAGCAACAGUUCUGCACAAAUAGAAAACUGGGUCACGUGACUGACACUGGCAAACAGGUUUAUUGUGAAGGUUGAUGUUGGCAGAAUUUCUCAGAAUCAUGCAAGCAACGUAAUACCUAAAAUAACACUCCUGGAUUGCACUGCAUUGUACAUGUGUACCAUAUUAAGUGACUACACGUGCAGUGCUGUCAAUCCAUUAGUUGUCUUGAGAGAUCUUUUAAAGUAUAUUAUUCUAUUUUAAACUCCCAGAAAGGUAAUUAGCAUUUAACUCAUGAAUUGCAGUUUUUUUUAAAUACAUUUUUGAUAUAAUUACUGUACAAAUCAUCAUUAAAGAAUUACCCAACUAUGUAAACACAUGGAGGACAAAGUCAACCAGUACAUUUAUAAAUGUUAACCAAAUCAGUGGAUAUAGGUACCGCCAAAGGGGAUCAACGAAUGAGUUAGCUGGUCUAUGGUAUGUUGAAUUAGUUUUCAUACUUUUUUAAAAGCAAAAAUAUGUACCUUUUUUACUAGAAACAAUAAAAAAAAAAUAGAAUGAUCUCUACAACGGACAGCCUCUGUUAAAGCACUCAGGUUUCUCGAAGAGGAAUCCACAUGAACACAAUCAAGCUAAAUAUACUCAAGUCAACCUGUGUACUCUUUAAAAAAAAAAAAUCAAUUUAUCUCAGUUAUACACAUUUUUGUUCAUACCUGCCAUUUUUUUCCCUAUGAGAGCUUGCCAUUGUUGACAUUUCAUUGAAGUCUAUCAUGUUCUCUAUAUUGACAUCAUACUUUUUGCACUGAUUAGAGAAAGCAUCAGGAAGUGGACUGU